AUGGCUGAAGUUCAUAUCAUUGGCCAGAUCAUCAGUGCCUCAAACUUUCCCGAAAAGAGCCUCUUCUGUAAAUGGGGGAUUAGUGCAGGUAAGGAAAAGUCACAUUGCUUUAGGAUUGUCUCAUAUGAUAAUAACAAGAUGUAGUCAUGUGAAAUAACUCGGUUCUUUGCGAAAUUCACUUGUAUUUCAGCACAACUAGCUUGAGCUGUCUACAGCGCUUAAUAUAAGUAGAGCACUUGAAGACAUGGAAUACUACGAACUGUUUCCGUAUUUCCCUCGUUGCAUAAGCUUACUGAAUACCACAAUGUUCACGUCAAAGUACAUUUUUUUCUAGUCUGGUUGCAUAAUAUGACAUUUUAUUUAGCUAAAACUGUGCAGGGCUCCAUUGGUUUAGCCUUUUUCAGCCCAAAAAUUGCCGACAGAAUAUCCUCUCCCACAGAUCUAUUAAGUAGAAGAUAGUCCAGCAGUUGUGGGCUACUAAGCGUUUAAAGCGUACUAGCACUUUUUUGUGCUCGGACGGUUAUUUCAUCUUUGUAAAAAGUUUUCCCAGCUUUAUGUUUAAAGGAAAUCUUAAGAAGGAAGGCGUAUACUUAUUUCAAAGCUAUGCAAAACACAAUUAUGCAGUUCAAAUUCGCACAAAGUCUGUAGUUUCUUAAGACCGAGCAUAAUUUUAAGGUAUCUUUAAUUUAUAUGGUGGGGCUGCAUUUUACUUUUGCCUCCAUCUAAUAGUGAAGCAUCUUAAUCGUUUUCAACGUUGAUCAUUUUCUUCUGGAAAUAGUUUAGGAUAGUCGUCCAGGAAACAUACUACAUGCACAUGAACGCGGUCUGAAAGCCCCAUCCCAUGGAGCAUUUAGACUUUGAAAAUGAGCAAGUGAACUGUGUAUCUAAGACGUCAAGUCCGACAAACGUACGCUUUCGAUUAUUCAUCAUGAGUCCUAUACAGUAACAUAAGGGAGGGUGGAAUAGCAAAAGUAAACAUCCAAUAAAAGACAAUAUGGGGGAAGGGGGUUGAAGGGUGUACUUUUGCCGCACUUAACUUCUUAGAUGUCUACAGGGGUAUCAUCGCUGAUCUGUAUAUCUUCUAAGAGCGGAAAAACAUCUAUCGACAUGUUCGGGACCUUCGCAAACCCUACUGAUACUUGCGGUCUCGAUUCCAAACUGGAAACAAGGUUUUAACAAUGAAUGUGGCAGGUUUUGAUCAUAGUGCACCUUCCAACUGAUCUGAAUGUCGAGAGGUGUCCGUACGGCCUGGCAGAUCCAAUGAGCUCAGUUAUUCGAAAGCACCAUUGAAAACGCAGCAAUGCAAGAUCUGGAAGACCGUUCGUUUACUCGGACUACUGGGUCUUCAUAGAAACGUCGCUGUUUGGGUACUGUUACUUGGGCAGCUACUUUAGCUGACGCUUUUGCCCGCCAGGAGCCUCACAUCAGGCAGAUCGAUGACAACGAACUAACUCCUGUUUGCUGUGACUUUACCUGCCUGCCGAGCAUACACUUCUAAUACCUGCCUCUUCUGAUGUACGAAAUUUGGUGCUUCCAAUGUGGUAGAAGGACGCUCACCGAUCGGUUUUUUACGGAACUCACUUGUCCCUUUGUGCCUUACGGGCUCUCUCUCGAGCCGAACCAGCGGCCACACAGCGCCGUAUGAUAUAGGCAGAAUGGUAUUACCGACAGUGACAAGGGCGACUCUAAUGGCCAUUUCUGGCUUAUUAGCCGUCGUCAGCCAGUCAUACCCCACCCGAGGAGUGGAACACCCGAGACUCGAUCCCGCUGUGCUGCUGCUGAUUGGACUCGAGAGAGAGUCCGUAAAGCACAACGGAGCGAGUGAGUUCCCUAAAAAACGAUCGGCAAGACUAUAGAACUGUUUUGUGAAUAGAACUAACGAAGCCGAAGGCUAAAUGUCGCACUUGAGGUCUUGUGGAACCCCAAUGAAGUUCAGUUUAAAUGAGUGGAUUUUGGCGGUGUCAGUUUCUGCGCACAGCUUGACUGAAUUCGAUGAGCACUCUCGGCGUCUCAUUCAGCGAAAAAUUACGCACGUAUUUGCAUGUGAUUGAUACUCCUUGGUGCCAUGAAUGCUUGACCCUUUUGCCAUCAAGAAUCUGAGGAUUAAACAGCCCUUUGACAAUCUGCUCUUCCACAAUCUCAGACUCGGAUACGGUCCUCCAACUACGAACUUUUUUAUUUUUUUAACAUUCCGCUUUCGUCUCAUUUUUCCGUAUUUAUCCCAUCUAUCAUUGCGUUGAGUGGGAAGUAAAUAGGCCUAGGAGAUUCCACUUCUUCCCGAGAUUUAAUAACGCUCGGUGAGUUCCGCAUCCCUGCGGUUGACUUCCUCCUUCCUCUGUUGAAGGUAGUGCCUGGCGACUCCUUUCUGGUCCGUCUGAGGGACAAACGCAGGUUGACAAUCCCAGUUUCGGCGAGAAGGCCUAUUUUUGCCAUCCUUUUGACCUACACUUUGCCACUAAGGGAAUUCAAGGUAAGCACAUGUACCCCUCAUUCUCCUCCUAGGUUGGCCUAAAUUCUUCUUUCAGGUCUGGCAUCACGACUGGUUGGGGCGAAACGAGCUGUUUGGGUACGGUUUCUGUCAUGUGCCGUCUACUGCAGGCAGUCACGAGGUAAGGUAACAACAAACCUCUUUGAUCACCUGGCCUGUGCCUUUUCUCUUUUACAGCUGGAGGUGGUGACUUGGAGACCGUGUGGUUCUUUCUCGGAACAAUUCAAAUCCCAACUUGUUGGUGGCGCUGCUCAUCUCUGCAAUCUGGACCUUGUCUUCAACCAACAGAACCGCUACAUGCUGCAGACGGAGAGCAUGGGAAAACUGCAGCUGGUCUGUAACGUAAUUACGAGGAAUUUUGAGAAGUUUGGCGUGGAGAUGUAA